AUGAGAUAUUUUCAUUUCUGUUUUGCUGUGAAUGAAAUGUUACGUAAAAGUCUACUCGCAUGGCACUUUAGUCUAAUUCUAUUGAUUGACAAUUCGAAUGGUUCAGAUAUCGGACAUGAAUAUCCUCCCAGCCCGUAUUCUUCAGAAUUUAGAAAAUGUGGAAUUGAUAAGAAGGGAUAUAUUUGUGAUCCUGAACUAAUUCUCUCUGAUCAAGCUAGACAAUCGCUAAAUGAGCUAUUGUUACAGUAUCCUCGAGAGACACCGUGUUUGUGUCAUCCAUGCUAUCGAAAUGAAGCGAAUUUAAAUGCCAGACUUGUUGUAUCUGCCCUUGUGACCAAGAGACCUCCAAAUGAAACUAUUUCAUUGAUAAGAUAUGCAGAAGGUAUACAUAACAAGUGGAGAAUCGGUCAGUGUAAUGGGAAUGACGUGUUGAUCUUAAUCACUGAGAAAAGUAUACAUAUUUCUUAUGGAUCAAUAGUUGCGCGCACUUUAAAUUCAGAGUGUACACGACGUCUAAGCGGUCGUUAUGAUUCAAAUAAAGAAAUCGCUACCAACAUUCGUCAAACAGUGUUUAUUUUACGUGAAUAUUUCCUAGAUCCAUGUUUAUGUCGACCGUGUAAAACUGCCUAUUCUUGGUUUAAAAUUCCCGCCAUGCUUUUAGCAUGCUUCUGUUUAUUAACAUGGUUAAGUCUCGUUGGUCGUAGAGCCUAUCUACGCCGUAAUCUGCAUACACGUCCGUACUGUUCAUUGUCUGAUCUGACGUAUACAAGUACUAACCGGCAGUACUAUUCUCGACCAUCACGUUCUGGACGGGCUAGAAUUCAUGGGAUCACACCACCGUUUAAUUUAUGGGAAACACGAUCAUAUCGGUCAAACAGUUUACAUGGAAUUGAAAAUGUCAAUAAUUCGAACUGGCGAAAUUUUUCAUCAUAUUUUGGUCGAUCCAACGGUCUGUACUCAGAUGGAUUUCGGAGUACACCUCCACCGCCUGCCUACUCUAGCCUAAAGCAUAUCAUUCAACCUCCUCCUGCGUAUUCAGAAAUUCAGUCGAUUGAUUUAUCUAAACAGUGUGUAAAUCCACCAACGAAUAACACUGCUGUAUCGCCGGAAGUCUCAGACGACUCUCCGCGACAAGAGCAAUUGCAAACAACCUUGACUACAAUUACAACUUCGCCUCCAUCUUAUUCAGAGGUGGUUUUAUCUCGUUCUAUCGAUCAUCAGGUUAUACAGGCUGAGAGUUCCAAUGAAACAGAAGCGCACACAUCAACUACUGAUACAGUGAACACACCUGCAAAUCCACAAUCUUCUUCGUCAUAA